GUAAGUAUAUUCAUGGUGUGGAUCCACAUUAGGCUCUAGUUGGCAGACAUAGUGUCUGCAUGUUCCAAUGAUGCAUGCAUGACCUUUAUUAAAGUAUAUGUAUGUUCCUGGAAAGUAUACAGUCCUAGCAGAUUAGAUAUAAACCCAGGCUGCACAGGUCAGUGAUCAUUUGCUGUUGCACUUUACUAAAAUAGAAAGUAGAAAGUGUUCCUGGAAAGUAGUCUAUCAACUAUAACAGAGAUCUCAAAACCCAGCUAUAUAUAUAUAUAUAUAUAUAAUAGCUGGCAGCACAGUGUACUCAAAAGCUGAAAACUUAAUAGUCCAUCAUAAUUUAUGAUCAAUCAUGGCUGAGCGAGUAGUUAUACCACAGCGAAGGCGAAGACCUCCAAAAAUCAAAGAAUCUAAAGAUUCUGACGAGCAACCAAAAUCUGCCCCCCCUAGGAGGGGGAGACCACUGAGACCACUUUCACACACUGAGGAAGGUAUCGAGCAGCCAGUGUCAGCAAUUCUCCAAGAAGAAGAACCUCGGCGUAAACCUCCUCGCAGUCAAGACCAGACCAUAAAAAAAAAUGGACCAACUCUACAGAAAUCACAAGGCACACUGAGGAAAUCAGCACCAGUUAAAAAGACAAUCGAGAGAUCUUGUCGUGACCAAAUUGCACAACCGAACAGUAGGCACAGGACACGAAACAGUAAGCAGAUGAACAUUCACCUAUCAGAUCAGAAACCAAAUGUGGGUGCUACAAAUUCCACUGGUGCAAGCAACGUGGCUGCAGGUAGACCUAAAGUACCCUCUCAAAGUGCAAGCAUUCGUACACUGAUAUCAGGUAACACUCCAAAUGACCACAAAAGCAGCUGGAAAAGAAAACAAGUCAAACCCCCAAAAACAGAAAACCAAGGAGCUGAAAUGCACUCUAACAAAAUCAUUAAGCCAACCAAAAAACAUGACUUCAGAGAGUUUGGUUAUCUUAGCAGUCGAGAGAUUCGAGAAAUGGCUGAGAUGGGUGACGAAGCACUUGUAAAGCAUAUCAGCCAAAACGAUAGUGGUUUUCUGGCAUCAAUAAAAAACUCUUCUACUGUGAAUGAUCCCAAGCUGGUGAGGUGUUUUGUGAAGAUUCUAUACAAGCUAGUGGAAUCUAGGGAAGACUCCAUGGCAUCUCUACUGCUUAGUCAGAUUUUUGGACUAGGAAGUGGAUGUGAUCAGUUCAUUUUUAAGUUAGAUAUACUCACAAGGACAAUGGCAUGUGAGCGAUUACAGUCUGCACGAAAGGAGAAUGUACAGGCUCUAGGGCACAUAAUACGAAUAGCCGCAUUCUGUAUUGAGAGAAUUCCAUCUAGUGUUGUCCAUUCUUUCCCGAUUUAUUCGAUUUGCGAAGGUAUAAAAAAUCUGUUAAAUUUUGGCGAGGAUGAAGAGAAAGCAUUUGCUACACGUAAACAAGAAGAAGUCAAUGAGCUCCAACAACAAUUUCAAGAACACAGGGAAGAGACUUUAAAUGCAGCCAGACAAAAACCCCAAAAGAUGGCAGUAAGUGAGGAUAAUAUCCUCAUUGAUCCUCCCGAACACUUCACUACGGUUGAAAUGCUACCCAAGCCUGAAGAAAUCUACCACUAUUCAAAGAAGCCGUUUCUUCGAGCCAAUAUUGUUGAAGGGAAGUAUGACAGCUGGGAGCAUUAUCUUGAUGUUCAGUUCCGGCUGCUUAGAGAAGACUUUGUAGGUCCACUUCGUGAAGGCAUAUCAAACUAUGUCGAAGCACCAUUGGUAUCCAAGGGAAUAGAAGUGUAUAUGUAUCAAGAAGUAAUGCUCGGUGGACCAGUUUGCCUUAAUUCUGAAGUUGGUUUUGACCUUUGGUUUGAUUCCAGUGGGCUCAGGGGUGUUAAUUGGGAGUACACCAAACGUUUGAUCAAUGGAUCUCUUUUAUGCCUUUCGACUGAUAAUUUUGAGAGCAUUGUUUUUGUUACAGUUGCAGAUCGAAAACCCAAUUUGCUGAAAAAAGGUGUCAUUACUGUUAAGUUUGAAGGAAGUGUGAAUGGCUUUCAGCUAGACCCUCAAGCUGUGUACACAAUGGUUGAAUCGGUAGCCUACUUUGAGGCUUACAGGCAUGUCUUGAACCGGCUUCAGGCAGUAAGUACCCUCGGUGAAACUCACAUGAUGCCUUUUAAACAGUACAUAGUUGAAUGCAGUUUUGACCCUAUGCUACCGCCGCCCUACUUGCAACACAUGCCAAAACAGGUAUUUAACCUUAAAGGAAUAAUUGAGGUAAAAAGCAAGAAGAUAUCCACAGAAGUAAAUCUUACUAAGUUGUCUACAUGGCCUAGUGCAGACGAUACAGAUCUGGAUCACUCUCAAAUGGAAGCCUUGAAGGCAGCACUCACACAAGAUUUAUCAGUGAUUCAAGGACCACCUGGCACAGGAAAAACAUACAUAGGAAUUAAAGUGGUUCAAGCGUUCCUUGCUAACAAGAGCUCCUGGGAUCCUCGGCAAUCCUCACCCAUUCUAGUUGUUUGUUACACAAAUCAUGCUCUAGAUCAGUUCUUAGAAGGUAUCCGCACAGUAACUGUGAAUAGAAAACAGCCGAACAUAACAAGAAUUGGUGGGCGGUGUAAAACUGAAGAACUGAAGAACUGUGUCUUGUACGAAAAAGUCAGCAAAGUAAGAGAGUUAAGAUUAGUACCAAUAAACAUUUACCAGCAUUUUUCAAAUGCUCGAAAAGUCAUGGUUCCUCUCAAAGAUCGUAUUAAUCGCUGCUUGAACUCAAUUCAUCAGUCAAGAAGCAGACUAUUAAGAGUUGAGCAAUUACAGUGUGUGAUGUAUGACCACCACUAUUCUCAGCUUACAGCAUUGAGCCAAACAAAACUACCAAUGGAAGUUUGGCUCGGUUUACGGUAUCUAGUGGCUGUGCAAAGAGUGGAAGAAGAGAUAGACGAACAACAACAAGAAAAUCAGGCGGUGGAAGUACUGGAAGUUCCUAAGAAUGCAGGUACACAAGACGAGGACAAUGAGGUCCAGAAGAUUCAAGACGAUCGUUUUGUUGAUGAAGACAAUGAGAAUUUGUUUGAGCUACCCAUUCAAGAUAUUACUCUUUUUGAAGACCAAACUUCUGAUUUUGAAGAGACUGGCGAAGGAAAUGGCGAAUGGAAGGUUGUCCAAAUGAGUAACGACAAAAGAGAAAGACAAAUCCAAUACCAUUUAUCGAACAAUUCUGAUCCGAUGACAAAUGUCGAAGCUGAUACAAUAGUUGAUGUAUGGAGCUUAAAAAACAUGCACACCAGGUGGAGAUUGUACCUGCAUUGGAGAGAUAGCUACAUGCUGUAUCAGAGGAACCUGUUGGAACGUCUUUCCAAGAGGUACAAAAACGCUUGUUCAAAUGUUCAGAAAGCAAAAGAAGGAAUUAAUCUUUCGGUUGUAAAAGGUUCAGAUGUGGUUGGCAUGACUACAACAGGAGCAGCCAAACACAACUACAUCAUAAAAGGCAUUCGACCAAAGAUAGUAGUUGUCGAAGAAGCUGCUGAAAUUUUUGAAGCUCACAUUUUUACGUCAUUGUCACCUAGUGUUCAACAACUAAUUCUGAUUGGUGAUCAGGAGCAGCUUCGCCCAAAACCAACUUACUUUGAGCUAGAGAAAAACUAUAAGCUUGAUGUAUCUCUGUUCGAACGACUGAGUAAAAACAAAUGUCCAGUAAAGACGUUGGGCAUUCAACACCGAAUGAGACCAGAAAUAGCCAGUUUGAUUACUCCAACAGUGUAUCCUGACCUGCAAAAUCAUGAGUCUGUUGAAAAAUAUGAGCACAUACAAGGAGUUGAUAAGAGCUUGUUCUUUUUAACUCACACAAAAUUGGAAGUCUCGGGCAAAUCUGAUACGAAAAGUCACUCGAAUCCUCACGAAGCAAAGUUUUUAACAGCUCUGUGUCGCUACUUUAUCAAGCAAGAAUAUAAUACAUCUCAAAUUACCAUUUUGACUCUCUAUCGAGGACAACUUUUAGAAAUAAAAAAGCAUCUCGGUAACGAGAAAAUUGUUGGUGUUAGGACCGCAGUUGUGGAUGACUUUCAGGGGGAAGAAAAUGACAUUAUUCUUCUGUCACUAGUUCGGAGCAAUCCAAAACAGAACAUUGGAUUUGUGGGGAUAAAGAAUCGUAUUUGUGUGGCUCUUUCACGAGCGAAGAAAGGAUUCUUUAUCAUUGGGAACAAAGAAAUGCUCCGUGACAAACAACAAACUAUCUGGCCUGAAGUGAUAUCUAAACUUCAGUCUAUGGACAGUAUAGGAGAUUCGCUUUUGCUACAUUGUGCGAUUCACCGUGAUCAAACAGUUAAAGCUAAGUCAGCUGAAGACUUUGCCAAAUGUCCCGAAGGUGGUUGCUUGAAAAAAUGUGAUGCACGUUUGUCUUGCGGACACGUUUGUCGUUUAUCCUGUCAUCCUUAUGAUCGUGACCAUAUUAAGUACAAAUGCCAGAAAUCAUGCCCUAGAACUUUGGACUGUGGCCACAAAUGCACUAGAAAAUGUCACCAAUGUAGGCCGGAGUGUCAACCAUGCUUAGUGCCAGUACCCAGAUUUUUAGAGGAGUGUGGACACACUGAGACUGUGGCAUGCUCAGUAGCUAUCAAUAAGAUAAAAUGUCGUUCACAAUGCGAACAGCUUUUAAAAUGUGGACACCAGUGCCAAAGCGAAUGCUUCAUGAUAUGCACUAGGAAAUGCCAAGAACUUGUUUACAAAGACUUGCCCUGUGGGCAUACCGUUCAAACCAAGUGCCAUAUUUUAGAGCCUAUAUGCCGUGAGCCUUGUGGAGCUCUACUUGACUGUGGGCAUACGUGCUCAGGUACAUGUGGAACCUGUCACAAAGGCCGCUUGCAUGUACAGUGCAACUCAGUUUGCAAGCGUAUAUUAGUUUGUGGGCAUGAAUGCGAUUUCCCUUGCUCAUCUAACUGCCCACCAUGUAUUAAACGUUGUACAACCUUUUGUGUACACAGCAAAUGUCAAAAGAAAUGCUUUGAGCUAUGCGAUACUUGCCAAGAACCUUGUGAGUGGUCAUGCCCCCACCAAACAUGCAGUAUGCCGUGCGGAGAGCCGUGUAAUCAAAAGCCUUGCAAUGACCCAUGCAAGAAACUGCUAAAGUGUGGCCACGAAUGCAUAGGCUUAUGUGGAGAACCUUGUCCAAGUCUUUGCCGCAUCUGUAACAAAGAAGUAGUUACAGAAACACUUUUUGGAACAGAGGAAGAAGAGGAUGCUCGAUUUGUUCUAUUACCAGAUUGCAAGCAUGUUAUUGAAGUAUCUGCUAUGGAUACGUAUAUGUCAAUGGAGAGCGAAGAGGUUUCUAUAAAGAAGUGCCCUAAGUGUACAACACCAGUAAAGACAUGCCUCAGGUAUGGUAAUGCUAUAAAAUGCUACCUACAAGAUAUUGAGGCAAUUAAGCAGCAACAAUUAAAGACAUUGAAUCCAGAAGCAUUAAAAGCGGAAUUCAAGAAAGUUAUGGCAUCGGUGGAAACUUCUGCUAAUUGUCUAUUCAUAAGUAAUGAACUCGCCAUGAUUGAAAAAAAAUUAUUUUCUGAGAAACCCACACCAUUUCCUGACGUCAUUAGAGCACAGCUCACCUUAUUGCCACACAUUGUCAAGGCAAUAGAGGUUAUCCCAGCACCCAAUAGUAAUUCAUUUGACGUUAGAAUUGAGCUUAUCAAGCGACAGUUGAACACAUUAAAAGUAUUUGUGUCACAUUCAGAAUACCUCUCAAAACAACAAAUUUCAGAUGGAGAAGCUGAAAUGAGAAGACUCACACUUCUAGCAAGAUUGACCGAAUUCCAGAUAAAGCUUGAGAGGAAGGAAGGCAAAAUCUCAACCAAUAAUCACGUUUUGAUUGAGAAACUACUAUCCAGACUGCACGAAAGCGGACAUAAAACAACAGAUGAUUCUACGGUCCCCAAAAUCACUUCAGAUGAUGAAACAGAAAUAAUGCACUCUAUUCAAACUCUAUGCAAGGAGUAUCAAGUUGAUAACUUGUCCGAAGCUGAGAAACUUGAAAUUGUCGAAGCAAUGGGUCUAACGAAAGGCCAUUGGUUCAAAUGUCCCCAAGGACAUUUCUACUGCAUUGGAGAGUGUGGUGGAGCCAUGGAAACGGCCAAAUGUCCCGAGUGUAAUGCAGAGAUUGGUGGUAGCCAUCAUCAGCUACUUGCUAGCAACCAGGUAGCAACAGAAAUGGAUGGCGCUGAACAUCCUGCCUGGUCGGAAAUGGCUAAUAUGCAUAACUUUGAUCCACAAGAACUUGCACGAUUACAGCUUGAAGACUGACCUAUCGACAUAAAUAUUAUAGUAUCAACACAUUGCACAGAGCAGUAGAAUUAACAAAUUUUACCGGAAAUUUACCGGUAAUAUUAUAUAGGUAAUAGUAAGUUAUGUUUUAGUGAGAUUGGAAGAUUAACCAAACACAUACAGCUUGUAGAAUAAAAUAGUUAAUAGCAAGUUUACUUGAUUUGUUAUCGAACUGUAUCGCUACAGUAACUUAAAUAUUGUAGGUUCAUACAGUAGA